GCUCGGCCAGGGUAUAUAAAGCGAAGGCUUAAUUGGUCGCCGCUUACAGGAUUUUUACCCGGCGAGAUGACUCCUUCGAUCUGCGCGAUUUUCUGCGUCGUCCUGGCGACGCACCUCGUCCUCGCCGAAGAAGUCGCUCUACCCAGCUCCGUCAAAACCUGCAAGAAGGACUCCGAGGAUUAUUCCUCCUGCCUCAGGUUAGCUCUGCAGGAAUCCUGGCCGACCUUCAGCAAUGGUAUUCCGGAGUUCGACCUGCCCAGGCUGGACCCCUACGACAUCGAUUUUCAGGAGUCGGUCUACGAAAAUGGGGAAGUCAGAGGGAAAGUGACCGUCAGGGACGUCAAGACCUAUGGUUUGUCCAAAAUCCGAUUCCUUUCUGUCAGGCCACACCAUGAAGAGGGACGCUUCAGGCUGGAAAUUGACAUGGAAAUUCCCAAAUCGUUUAUCGAGGGAGACUACAAAGCCACCGGCGCUUUGGGGACCUUCGUAAUGGGGGGAAAAGGUUACUUCAACAUCAGUAUGGAAGGUGUGAGAGCCACUUGGGACCUUGACGGAAGGGUUGAGAACGACAGGUGGAUCGUGGAACAUUUUACCUUGCUCCCGGAGGUCAGGAAAAUGAAUAUCUUCUUCACCGACCUCUUCAAUGGAAACCAAGAACUCAACAAAGCUGCAAUGACGUUUGUCAACGAGUACUGGCCAUUGUUGUACCACGGAAUGCUGCCGACGGUCUCUAAAUCCUGGGACGAGUUCCUGACGAAUUUGGCGAACAAGGUCUUCUCGAAAAUCUCGUUCUCGAAGACCUUCCCCUGAGGCCCGGUAGAAGAUGCGCAAGAGAUACCUGAAGACGCGACGAGCGAGAAGAAAAAAAAGAAUCGGAGAAAUCGUCGCGAGAAGUGCGGAAAAUCGCGGAAAAAAUCUCGACGCGUUCCUGAAGAGGGCGAAGAAGAGGGAAGCUCGUCGCAGAAUUAUUUUUGCAGUGCCGUGCAAAAUGUCAUUAACGUCGAGCUUUGACUUCGAUCCGAGAUUUCCUGGCGAAUGCUUGUGGCCAGUUUCCGGUCGGUAGGGAAAUUCGGGACCGGAAGUCCGCGGAAUCGCGAAUUACAAAGAGCAAUUCCGGUCCCACCGAGAGGAAUAAAAAUACUUGAAUAAU